UAACCUGUUUAAUUAUCCUCUCCACCUUUUUAGCUUCUGAAAAUGUGUUUAAAGGAAUAUUGACAAGUCUUCCCAAGCCUGGAGGUGGUGAAUAUGGAAGAUUUUAUAGUUUGCCUGCACUAAAUGAUCCUAGAAUUGAGAGGCUUCCAUACUCCAUAAGCAUACUUCUAGAAUCUGCCAUACGUAAUUGUGACAACUUUAAAGUGACUCAGAAAGAUGUUGAAAAUAUUAUUAAUUGGGAGAACAAAUCUCAAAACCAAACUGAAAUUCCUUUCAUGCCUGCUCGUGUUCUGCUGCAGGAUGCUACUGGAGUUCCUGUUCUUGUUGAUCUGGCUUCUAUGAGAGAUGCCAUGAAGAAUCUUGGUGGUGAUCCUAACAAGAUUAGCCCUUUGAUUCCUGGGGAACUUGUUAUUGAUCAUUCAGUUCAGGUUGAUGUAGCCAGAUCAGAGAAUGCAAUGCAAGCAAAUAUAGAAUUUGAGUUCCAAAGGAAUAAAGAGAGAUUUGGUUUCCUCAAAUGGGGAUCAUCAGCUUUCGAUAACGUGCUUGUUGUUCCUCCUGGAUCUGGAAUAGUCCACCAAGUAAACCUAGAAUACCUUGGAAGAGUAGUUUUCAACACUGGUGGCAUUCUAUACCCUGAUAGUGUCAUUGGUACUGACUCGCAUACACCGAUGAUUGAUGGAUUGGGAAUUGCUGGAUGGGGAGUUGGAGGGAUUGAAGCAGAGGCAGCCAUGCUUGGCCAGCCGAUGUGUAUGAUAUUGCCAUGUGUUGUUGGAUUCAAGUUGUUUGGGAAAUUGAAUGAUGGUGUCACAGCUACUGAUUUGGUUUUGACUGUGACUCAAAUGUUGCGCAACCAUGGCGUUGUUGGCAAGUUCAUUGAAUUUUAUGGUGAAGGCGUCAGCCAACUGUCGUUACCUGAUAGAGCUACAAUUGCAAACAUGUGUCCGGAAUACGGAGCAACAAUGGCCUUCUUCCCUGUAGAUGAUGUCACAUUGGAAUAUCUUAGAUUGACUGGAAGAUGUGAAGAGACAAUUUCGAUGAUAAAAUCAUAUUUAUGUGCAAAUAGAUUGUUUAUUGACUAUAAGGAGGCUCACCAGGAAAGAAUAUACACAUCUUAUUUGCAGUUAGACUUGGCAGAUAUUGAAUCAUGUGUUUCAGGGCCUAAAAGGCCUCACGAUCGAGUUUGCUUGAAAGACAUGAAGGCGGAUUGGCAUGCAUGUCUUCACAACAAAGUCGGAUUCAAGGGAUAUGAGAUAUCAAAAGGAGAAAAGGAUAAAGUGGUAAAGUUUUCUUUCCAAGGACAUCCUGCUGAGCUUAAGCACGGAAGUGUUGUCAUUGCAGCCAUUACAAGCUGCACUAAUACAUCUAACCCUAGUGUAAUGCUUGGGGCUGGCCUUGUUGCGAAGAAAGCUUGUGAACUAGGUUUAGAGGUCAAGCCAUGGAUUAAAACAAGUCUUGCUCCUGGCUCGAGGGUUGUCACUGAAUAUUUUAUCCAGAGUGGCCUGCAAAAAUACCUAAAUCAGCUUGGCUUUCACACUGUUGGCUAUGGUUGCACAACAUGUAUUGGAAACUCCGGAGAACUUGAUAAGUCAGUGGCAUCUGCAAUUUCAGAAAAUGACAUUAUUGCUGCUUCUGUUCUUUCUGGAAACCGAAAUUUUGAAGGCCGUGUUCAUCCAUUAACAAGAGCAAACUACCUUGCUUCUCCUCCAUUAGUAGUUGCCUAUGCCCUUGCUGGAACGGUUGACAUUGACUUCUAUGAAGAGCCAAUAGGAAAAGGAAAGAAUGGAACAAAUGUGUACCUAACAGAUAUCUGGCCAAGUAAUGAAGAGGUCUCAGAGGCUCGUCAAACUUAUGUAUUGCCUGAAAUGUUCAAGAGCAUUUACGAGGCUAUUACAAAAGGCAAUCCUAUGUGGGAUAAGCUUUCGGUUCCCAGUUCAAUUCUCUAUUCGUGGGAUCCAAACUCCACCUACAUUCACGAGCCUCCGUAUUUUAAGAACAUGACAAUGGAGCCACCAGGUCUUCGUAAGAUAAAGGAUUGUUAUUGCUUGCUCAUGUUUGGAGAUGGUGUUACGACAGAUCAUAUUUCUCCCCCGGGGAGUAUUCACAAGGAUAGCCCUGCUGCAAAAUACUUGCUUGAGCAUGGUGUAGAUCACAAUAACUUCAAUUCUUAUGGUAGUCGUCGCGGAAAUGAUCAAGUGAUGGUAAGAGGUACAUUUGCCAAUAUCCGACUUACGAACAAACUUCUGAAUGGAGAAGUUGGUCCAAAAACAGUUCACAUUCCAUCAGGAGAAAAAUUGACAGUCUAUGAUGCAGCAAUGAGGUAUAAGGAAGCUAAUCAGGACACCAUUAUCUUGGCUGGGGCUGACUAUGGAACUGGAAGCUCUAGAGAUUGGGCGGCCAAGGGUCCUCUCCUACUUGGGGUGAAAGCGGUCAUUGCUAAGAGCUUUGAGAGAAUUCAUCGCAGUAAUCUUGUUGGCAUGGGGAUCGUUCCUCUUUGCUUCAAGUCUGGCGAUGAUGCAGAAACACUACAAUUGACAGGUCACGAGCAUUUCACAGUUGAUCUUCCAGAAAAUGUUAAUGACAUAGAACCUAGUCAAGAUGUUAAUGUCGCAACAGACACGGGGAAAUCUUUUACAUGCAAGCUUUGCCUUGACACAAAGGUGGAGCUGGCAUAUAUUGAUCAUGGUGGUAUUCUUCCCUAUGUUAUCCGCAACCUGAUUAAGCAAUGAAAUUUUGAUUUUACCUAGUGAGCUAUACUUGUGAUACGCGAUACUAAGGCAGUCGCUAACAUGCUACCUGUGAAAGCUACGUGUCCGUGUCAGUGUCACGACUCUUUCUAAGUCACACUGGCUAACAUUCACUUGAUAUAUAAUAAGUCUGGCAAUCCUGACAUAGAAAUACACAUACGUCCGACAGUAAUAACAUUAAUCAUAGGCCAAG